AUGCAGGAGGUUGAUGAAGCAACUGCGACUCAAAUACAACUGCUGCGGGAGGAUGACUACUGCAACGCUCAGCAGCAGCCCUGUGUAAUAGAGGAGCUCAACCUGGAUGUGCAGCAGACUGGAAUCCCCGACGCGCGAAAGUCGAAUCGAUACUCGUGGCCGCCAUCAGCAUCUACGAUAUGUGGCGACGGCAGUACUGGACCUCCUGCACGGAGAUCACCGAGGUUAUUAUCAGAUCUAACAACCCAAGAGACUUCGGGUGCAGCACAGACACAAGAUCCGAGGCCGAUGAAGCAAGCCGAGCAGCGGAUGGACAAUUUGCUGCAGGCAUCGGGUGGUACAAAUGGUGGUGUCGGCCCAGAACCUGAGGACGCGAUAGCCCACCUAGACAACAAAGAGUUGGAACUACCUGCCACAGAGAUGUUGGUGACUGACCAAAACAGAAGGAGCAUCGCGCCCAAGACAACUCUUUGUCUACAUUAUACCUCAACUGGCUGGUGUAAGCAUGGUGCUUGGUGUUUCUAUGUUCACGACCGCAACAAGAUUGCUCUCUGUCCAUCUGUGACACUUGGUAUUGACUGCACUGCAGGUGGCCCAUGUCUUCUCGGCCACGUCCCAUCGGCAGAAACACUGCCAAGCUGCGUGUUUUUCUUCGAAGGCAGAUGCAAAUGUUCCCAGUGUGCUUUUGCCCAUACCGUGAUUGCUCCGAGGGCCGCCGCCUGUGCGGAUUUUGCAAUUGUGGGAUACUGUGAAAAGGGAGGGCAAUGUGAGCAUCAGCAUCUACAUGAAUGUCCCGGAUCCGUGUGCAAGGGCGUCUGUGACAAUCCCCGUUGCCGCUUUUCACAUGACAAUCCGGGCUACGAGAGGGUUCUAUCGUUGCAGUUUAACACGGGGCCUCAAUCUGGUACGGAUGGAAUGACAUUGAAUAAUGAUGAUCAAGUUGGUGAUGGACACAGCCUGGUAUUGGAGCCCCACGAUGAAGCUAACGGUGUGAUUAUGCAGAAGGAGUUCAUCCAGCAGGAAGACUUCAUCAGACUGUAG